CGUUGACACAGAAGAAGAGAAAAGAGAAAGUGAAACAGAGCAACCAAACAUGGCAGUGAUUUCCCUAGCAAGAAAUGUCGUCUUCAACCUCUCGAGGUCUUUUCCUCAAGCCUCUUCCUCAAUCUCUCUCAGAUAUUCCUCUCGGAAAGUCUCCCGGGUCUGCUUCACCUCUGCCUCCAAAUUCUCCGAGGGUCGAAAUGCGGCGGAAGAGAACAGGGGAGAUUCAAGGGUUGACAGCAGGGGCUCUGCCGACAAGAACUGGAAGAACAAGGAACGAGAGUACGGGUCUGUUGACGUGAGUAGGAAGGCAAAAGAACCCAUGGAAGAAGGCCUGGAAAAAAGCAAACAAAAAGCAGAGGAAGUGAAAGACACAACCAAGGAGUAUGCACAGGAAGCGAAAGAGAAGACAAAGGGCGCAGCGGAGACGGUGGCAGAGAAGGCAAAACAGGGAACAAACAGAGCAGCCGAGACAGCAGAGAGCGCCAAGGAGAAAGCCAAAGACUACUCGUACGAGUCAGAAAAGAAGACCAAAGAUAUGGCGGGGACUCUAGCGGAUAAGGCAAAAGAAGGGACUUACAAGGCCGCAGAGACGGCGGAGACUGCAAAGAAGAAGGCGAAAGAGGGCGCGUGGGGGGUGAAGGAGAAAACAGAGGAUGUAGCCGAGACGGCGGAGGAGAAGGUGAAGGAGGGGACGAGCAAGGCGGCGGAGACGGCGAAGGAUAAAGUGAAGGGGGCGUGGGGUGCGUUGAAGGAGACAGGGCAGAAGAUUAAGGAGACGGUGGUUGGGGCGCCAGGUGAGGAGGUGGGGGUUGGGUUUUUGGAUGAGGACACUAGAGACAGUGAAGAUGAAAUUCAUGUUGAUGUUGAUGGUGAUGGUGUGGCGGAAGGGAAGGUGGUGGGUGCGGAUGUUGUGGAACGCAGGCGGCGUGCUGCCAAUCCUGAUGGGAAGAAACAUUGAUGUUCUGAUCUGUGAAUCUGGUUAUUGAUGGUGGAUUUAGGUUCAAACAAUCCAGUUUUGACUUCUCCAUAUCAUCAGCAUGGUUUAUCUUUUUGUAAAAUCAGAAAGAACUGAUAAUAAUACUCCAUUGAAUCAGUUUCUUGAUCACAGUGACAUGUGUUAGCCUUUAUAUGCAUUUACAAUAUAAAAACAGCAAAUUGGGUCUUUUCCUUCAA